AUGAUCAAGACUGUGGCAGCUGCAAACGCUGAACUAUCUCGCUGCGUAGCGGCCUCUUCCACAGCCAUUUUCGAUAAGCCCACCAUUGCUGCUCAACCUCGUUUUGCAUUUCAUCCAACCGCUGGCAAAGGUGAUUCUUUCCUUGUUGCUGGUACCAAUGGUGUGGGAACCAAGCUCAAUCUAGCAUUUGAGACUGGAAUCUAUGAAACUAUUGGAAUUGAUCUUGUUGCAAUGAGUGUCAAUGACAUUGUUACUUCUGGAGCAAAACCAUUGUUCUUCCUUGAUUAUUUUGCAACAAGUCACCUUGAUGUUGACCUUGCUGAAAAGGUUAUAAAAGGAAUUGUAUAUGGUUGCCGACAAUCUGAUUGCGCUCUGUUGGGCGGAGAGACUGCGGAGAUGCCGGACUUCUAUGCAAAGGGCGAGUACGAUCUUAGUGGCUUUGCAGUAGGCAUUGUCAAAAAGGAUUCUGUUAUAGAUGGGAAAAGCAUUGUAGCUGGAGAUGUACUAAUUGGCCUUCCUUCUAGUGGAGUCCAUUCAAAUGGUUUCUCUCUCGUUAGAAGGGUUUUAGCUCGUACCGGACUUUCUUCAAUGGAUCAACUUCCUGGUGCAGCAGUCACAUUUGGAGAAGCAUUAAUGGCACCGACUGUUAUAUAUGUUAAGCAGGUGUUGGAUCUGAUCGGAAAGGGCGGGGUAAAGGGGGUGGCACACAUCAUAGGCGGUGGUUUUACUGACAAUAUACCCCGAGUGUUUCCAAAAGGCCUCGGUGCUGUCAUAUAUAACGGUUCUUGGAAUGUGCCGGCUGUGUUCAAAUGGAUACAACAGGCUGGAAAUAUUGAGGAUGCUGAGAUGAGGCGGACGUAUAACAUGGGCAUGGGCAUGGUUCUAGUUGCGAGUCAGGAAGCAUCUCGAAGAAUACUUGAAGAUGCAAAUGGUGCUUACACAGCUUACCAUAUCGGUGAAGUUGUGAAUGGAGAUGGUGUGACCUACCGCUAGAAACCGUAGGUUAUGCGACAUUUAUUUCUCUCGUAAUCGAGACUAGAUCUGCAUGUACAGCUCUU